CAAUGUCACAACUUUUGCUUGCUUAUAGCUUUCCCUCCAUUGUAUUCCUUGGACUAAGAAGACACCCCCUAAAAAGUCUUGACUUAAACCCCCUUUGUUGCAUAUUUGUGAGAGAAAAAUCUCUGCAACCGGUUGUUCAGAAUCCAACUGAGCUCAGUAGAAAAUCAAAGCCAGGAUACGUCCUUUGGAUCACUAGGAUCAAUCACGAACUUUUUUUUUUUUUUUCCAAAUCGAUUUUCCCACUUCGGCGGCUUUCAGCGAGUACUGGGUUAGAAAUUGCCUCGGCCUGAUAAGGCGCUGCGCCCUCAGUAGGACGGCUAUGCAAACCAAACAGAUCUCCACAAAAUAAAAAGCGCUGCCAAAUCUCCGCACCUACCCCGCCUUCGGGGGAAAGAAAACCGGGACUCGCGCAACGAUAUCGGUGCAAGGCAGACACUGGGAUUUUUCCCAUUUCAGGCUCCCGACACGAGGAACAAUCCCUGGGCGGAGAAGUCGGCACCGCCUCCUUCCUCUUUCUUCGGGCGAACAUGGCUGCAGCCGCCGUCUGCUCGGCCGUGAAGAUUGGAAUUAUCGGAGGGACUGGUCUGGACGAUCCUGAGAUAUUAGAAGGUCGAGCAGAGAAAUACAUUGAUACGCCAUACGGAAAGCCAUCAGAUGCACUGAUUUCAGGAAAGAUAAAAAACGUUGACUGUGUGCUUCUAUCCAGGCAUGGGAGACAUCACUCUAUCAUGCCAACAAAUAUCAAUUUCCGUGCCAACAUGUGGGCACUAAAAGAAGAAGGUUGCACCCAUCUACUAGUGACUACUGCCUGUGGUUCAUUAAGAGAAGAGAUUCAGCCCGGAGAUCUCGUUAUAAUUGACCAGUUCAUAGACCGGACAACAAAAAGGCAUCUCACUUUCUAUGACGGGACCAAUUCCUGCCUCCCAGGAGUGUGCCAUGUUUCUAUGGCAGAACCUUUCUGUGCCAAAACAAGAGAAGUUCUCCUGGAUGUUGCCAAAAAGCUUGGAAUCAAGUGUCACUCAAAGGGGACUGUAAUUACAGUCGAGGGACCACGUUUUAGUUCUCGGGCUGAAAGCUUGAUGUUUCGCAGCUGGGGAGCUGAUGUUAUCAAUAUGACGACAGUCCCAGAAGUCAUUCUGGCAAAGGAGGCGGGAAUCUGCUAUGCGAGCAUUGCCAUGGCAACCGAUUACGACUGCUGGAAAGAACAUGAAGAAACGGUCUCAGUAGACAGAGUUUUGAAGACCCUGAAGGAGAACGCAAACAAAGCAACUAGUUUGCUACUCACUGCCAUACCACAGGUUGGAUCCAUGGAAUGGUCAGAAACCCAUCAGAACUUGAAAAAUACUGUGCAGUUAUCCGUUAUGCUACCAAAACAUUGAAAACUUAGCAAGAUACAGUGCUUGAAGAUCAGAAGAUAGGCGUGUUUACUUUUAAAGAAUGCCUUUAAUGGAUGCAGCAUUUUUCAUUCCCAUCUGCUAAUAUGCUUCUUUUGGAAUAAGAUCUUGCAAAGGCUGAAGAACAUUCACAGCAGAUUUGAAAAGUAAUUAAUUCUUAAAAUUGACAUUUCAGACUGUGAACACAAUAGCUGGUACUUGAUAAUCAUGCUCCACUGAUGUGAAAGAGGCAAAAAAAAAAGGUUAUAACCUCUAGCUCAAAUAUUAGAUCAUAACUCAAUUCAAACAUGGCAAAGCUAUAACAAGGUAUGUUUAUAUGCCCUUGCUCACCCUCAAAUGACCACCCCCAGAGUGGUUGUAGUAGUAGAUUGCCAUUCAAUAGCAUUUUUAUAAUGCAAAAAAUGGUUUUGAAUGGAGAUUAAAUGCAUUUUUAUUAUGCUUUUUAAUAGAAAAUUACUGUCUUUUUUUAAAAAUAAGAGCAAUUACAGGUUGCACUUUUUUGUUUUAAAGAUUUCCUGGCUAAGAUUUUCCAAAGUGAUAUGAUACGGUUUUUAUGUCUUUAGCCUAUUGUUAAGAAAAUAUUUGCUUUUAUUACUAAUGUCAGAUCUGUUUUCUUUUGUGUUUUCAGUUUAGUAUGCUGGAUUUCAUGAAUUGCUGGAUUUGUUUUCUUUUUACAUGUUUUUUAAAGAGUUAUGUAGCAGAUAAGUAGACUAGUUGAUUUAUUAUUUUUUUAGUUGAAUGGCUUGGGGGGGGGUUGGACAGCAAAAGGAUACGUGGGUUUUGUGUGGUAAAGAAUAACAGACAUUUAAAGACCACAAAGGACUCAAUCAUGUGUUCCCUCAGUUGCUAAUAGUGAGUGUUAAGCAACUCCAUUUCCGUUAGAAGUUUUCUGGGGCCCUCAUGGCUGUGGUAGCUUCUCCAAACCAAGGACACUAUGUCACGUCAGAAAAAAUGCUGUAAGUUUUGCAAUCACCUUUUAUUGAAGACUCCAAUACACCAUUUACUUCUAGCAAAGGCAGCAGAAUAACGGAAUCUAGAUUGGUGAUGUUUCUGAGAAUUUGCAAGGCAUCACAAUCCUGUUGUUAUGGUUCCGGCUAAUGAAACACUUUAAAGAACUUCCAGGCAUUUAUUUUCCUAAAAGUCAUUGAUUGUUACAAAAUGUCGGCACAUGCAUAACACCUGUUUGAACAAUUACAUAGUACAGUCUUGGAAACAAUUCGGUACCAAGUCAUCCAAGACUCGUGUUUAGCUUUUUCCUAAAUAUUUUGAAGUGUGAAAGGUGAAGAAAAACUGUGAUGUCUCUAAAGGACAUAUUCACAUUGUUUGGAAUGGUGCUGCUGAAUGCUUACAAUAAUAGUAUACUGUCAUAUCCUUGCAAAUUAUGCAAGGAUAUGACAAGUUAGUUCUGUAUGUUAAACACCCCUUUUUCUUUUUAAGAAAGGAUGCAAUGCUGCUUUUCUCAAAUAAAACUCAAUGUAACCUC